AGGCUCUGUUUACGGGCCGGGCGCGGUUUGUGCGUCGCAUAAAACUCUCGCACUCUCUCCACCGAUCUAUAUACCUCCCGCGGAUUAGAAUAUUCCUGAACGCAAAACAGCAUCGUGCGGGGAAAGACGUGAAGCAAAAACAAGCUGGUCAUGGCUGAAACGACGGGUGAGGUCGUUCACAGAGUCCCCAUCAAAGAAGAUUUUGAAGGCCGACAUGGAGUGGCAUACCAUGAGGUCCGCAGCAAGUAUCGAGAGCCUCAGAACAUCCAAGAGUCCUUCCAGGUUGCACUGGAAGUGCUGGACAUUCUGUUCUCCAACAAAGUCCUCCACCAAAAUGAGAACAAGUCGAAACGGAUCCGCACGCAGCUGCAGAACCAGACGGUGGCCAUCUCUGUCCUGGGGAGACAUGGUGUGGGCAAGAGCACACUUCUUGAUUCGCUCCUUAUGCAGAGGCUACUGCCAACUCACAGGAAGAACAAUACCGCUGUCAUGGUUACCAUAGAGCACAGUCCAGAUAUGGAGAAUGGACCACGGCUACUGGACUCACAAAAGCAGUUGGUAGCCACUGGGAAAGAAGAAAUUCUCAAAUUCAUUUCGACAGAGAACGACUCAGUUCGCACAAACAACAAAAUGAUCGAUGAUCUCUAUCUCCAACUGGACUGCCCCAUUCUCAACAGUGCCUCUGGAGAUGCCAAACCCGUUCUGGUUGACACACCAGGGUUUGGGGAGGCAGGAGGAGCCCUGAUAGACAGGAUAGCCGGGGAGAGUCUGGAGGGCUGCAGUGCCUGUCUCAUGGUCAUGGCCUACACCAUGCUCAGGGACGAGGCUGACAUGGAGAUCCUGGGACAGCUCCAUGGCUCUGAUCCAGACCUGUCCAACGGGAGAAGGAUCGUGAUAGCAGUCACCCAACACGACCACUACUACACCGGCAAGCAGGAUGAGGAGCUGAGUGCCGACACCACACAAGACCACGUCCACGAAGGUCUUCAGCAGCUCGGAUACAUGGUCCCCCGAGAACAGAUUGUCGUUGUCUCAGGUGAGUGGGCCCUGAUGGCAAGGGAGCUGGCCAAAAACCCAGGGAACAGAGAGCUGUUCCAGAGAGCCAGAAAGUUCCUCACCUUCUACAAAGACACCCAGGCCAAAGGAGAUGGUAAAGAGGAUUACGAUGCAUUUGAAGAGGUGGCCGGAAUGAAUGUGGAAACUGUUGCCAGGGAACUGGAGGAGGCCAGCAACAUCAAGGAUCUCGAGGCCAGGGUUGUGGAGAUGUCAGGUCGGUGCAACGACAUUCUGCUGAGUAGUGCCAAAAACAAAGUGAGCUACUACCUCCAGCAGGCCCUGGACGAACUGAACAUCCAUCUCGAGACUGCCUGCAACAAGUACCAGGCUGAGCAGAGAGAGGAGGAGAGGAUAUCGGUCUGCGUGGCAGAGGUGGAGAAGCAGAAGGCGGCCAUCUCUCAGACCAUUGUGGCUGGAGAGGGGAGCAACGUACACAUCUCUCUCAAGGAAAAGGUCGACAGAGAGACUGAGGUGGCCUGCAACAAGACACAGAGGGUCAUUCGUCGUAAGUUGUUCCAACUGCGAACUCAGAGUCUGGAGAAGGUCCAGGCACAGAUGUACACCACUGAGUUGUACCAUGAAGACCUGAACAGCGUGGAAGAGGAGCUGGGAACAGUUCUGAGGAAUGCAAUGAACAGCACUCUCUACAGCAGGUCUCAGAGCAAGAGCAACAGAUACAUGCAGUACAGAGUUCCUACAAGUUUCUACCGCAUGGAGGGUGUGGUCAGGGAACUGGGCGGGGCCUCAGACGUCCCUCGGAUGGUGUCGACACCAGAGCCGGAGCCAGUGGAAGUUGACGAGCCAAUUAUUGAGGAGGAGAGCGAAGAGGAGGAAGAAGAGCUGAAUAUUGGAGCCUCAGCUGCCACACUCAAUGAUGAAGUGCAUGAAGGAGGAGAGGGAGAGAGAGAGGGAGGUGAGGGGGGAGGAGAGGAGGGAGAGGGAGAGAGGGGAGAAAGAUGAGGCGUCUGGUCCUGACACAGUGAAAGAGAAGAACAGCAGCAAAAGGGAGCUGGUCAAGAGUAGUGACGACGUGAGGAGAGAGUGGCCGCGAGAGGGAGACAGUGUGGACGGGAUCAUGGGCAGCAACGUCGACAUAACCUCUCUCGUGGGGGACAAGGAGGAGCAGCUGCAGCUCAAACAACUCGUGGAGGCUCACCACAUUGACAUCCCAGCCCUGAGACGAUACUCUUCAUGGAAAAAGUUCAAGCUCUACAUGAGGAUUGUGUUCAGACGACGCAAGACGACAGACCCAGUCAACAUUGCUGCAGCUCGCAGGAGCAAGUACCGACAGGUCCAGAUGACGGAGGAGGAGGUGAGGCAGGGGUUCCGGGACAUAAUGGAGGCCUACAAGGAGGAGGUGACGUUCCUGUUCUACCAGGAGAACACGGGCGUCAGGGACCAGGUUUUCAACUAUUUCUACUCCGAAUACCGCACAGACGUGGAGCAGAAACUGGCCACCUUCCAGAGCAAGUACGGGAAGGUUCUGGAGAGACAGGGCACAGUGUUGCAAGAGACUAAUUCCCGGAUGGGUGAGCUGGCAGAGAAGAUCCAGGACCUGGAGUUCAUUGUUGAUAUAAUGGAGGGGGUGGCAGUCAAGUUCAAGCCAACAGCUGCUGCCGUCUAGCUAGAAAGAACCAAUAAAUCCUUUUUAUCAUAGAAAAAAAUCAAGACUCUUUUAUCCAAUCAGUGGUCCAUCAAUUUUCCUGACCAAUAUAUUUUAUAACUCCUCUUUGAAUUUCUAACAAC